ACUAUGGCGUGGGGUCUCCCAAAACUCCCAGGGCUAACGUUCACGGACCCUACUAAGACUCAGUUUCAUAGAUGUCCCUCGCUGAAGUUCUACCAGGGGCGUCGAUUCCCGGAUAUGCAUGUGAAAGGCUCAGGAGGAACCGGCACUGAUACUGACAGCAAUGCUUUCGCCUUAUCUGAAGAUUCUGUCAUAUACGACCCUUCGUUAACGUAUGGGCGCGUCAAAGCAGCCGCUAUGCCUCAAGUGAUUCCCCAUUGGGUGCACUAUGACAAACGGUGCCUCAAUUUCACAGCGUUCUUUAAACAGCCUGUCCAUGAUAGUCCUGAUGAAGCCUUCAGGGUUCGGAUCGUCAAUAUCAUUUACUUUCUUGAGGAUGACACUUUGACGGUAGUGGAACCUCGAGUUAGGAAUUCCGGUAUUUGGCAAGGGAAAAUGGUGAAGAGAGGCAAAGUGCCGAAGAACGAAGCUGGGGAGUACUGGCACUGGAAGGACUUGGAUGUGGGCAAGGAUAUCUGCAUCUACGGGAAAGUCUUCCAUACGGUCUCUUGCGAUCUCUAUACAAAGGAGUACCUGGAGUCCCAAGGUAUUGAACUCUCCAAAGAGGAAGAGCUACCAGUAGACAAGUACACUGAAAUGGAGUACUGGAAGAAAAAACCUGUGCCUCACAAAGCAAAUACCAAGGUUGACACUCUGCGACGAUUCUUGGAAUAUGACGGAAAAGUUUUAGGUUUCGACGUGGUGUGGGACGACCGGGACUCGGAGUACGGCGAGUUGCGACCUUACAAACUUUACUACUUCCUGCAGGAUGAUCGCAUUGGCCUUAAGGAACUUCACGACGAUAGGGGUGGAAAAGAUCCCUUCCCUUUGCUUCUCAAGAAAAUGAAGCUGCCUAAAAAGUGGAAAGAAAAACCUGUAAAUUUCCCCUCUAUAGUGAUGGAAGUGUCGGAUGAAGAGGUGACGGAAUAUUAUGCUCCCAAAGACUUGAUCGUAGGUGAAACUAUCUUCGUGCUCGGACGCCGAAUGUUGAUUUACGAUUGUGACGCCUUUACUAGGCACUAUUACAGGACAAUGUUGAAUAUAGAGCAGCCGCCGCGCGUCGAUUUGAAACACGAGACAAAGAAGGGGUUCGAGAAGAAAUACCCUCCUCACAUCGGUAUCGGUACUCCGGAAGAUACGCUGCAGUCAUGUUUCGGCCUAAUCCCGAAACCACCCAAAAAAGAUAUAAUUAGAUACAAUUUAAACGCUAGUAAGAAUCUCCGGUACUUAUGCGAGCUGGAAUACAUCCAUCCUGAAGAUGAGGGUCGCAGAUUCGUGAUGGCAUACAACCUGGGCGACGGCGCCGUGAAGAUCAGCGAAAUACCGCGCCGCAACUCAGGCAUCCGAGAGGGGGUGUUCCUCAGUUCUAGGAAGCUGGAACUUCCGGACUCAGAUCAUAACUUCCCGAGUUAUUAUACUCCUGACAAGUUUUACAUAGGUGCAAUAAUCCCAGUGUUCAAACAUCGAUUUCGAAUUAUUGGAUGCGAUCUAUUCGUGUACAACUACAUGAGUGCCAACCCGGACAAGUUCCCGCAAGAGGUGAUCGAUAACGUUCGCAACUAUCACAUGCGCGAGGGCAAUUUGAAGACAGAGCUGAAGGCGGCGGUCCGUGAAGUGUCAGAGGCGGCGAUUCGCGCUGAAUUGGCGGCCAUCGGUAAACAAGCAAUAGUAGAACCCAGCGAUAUGGAGAAGUGUCUUACAGCGUUGAACGUUGUCGAAGGCAGUGCUACCCCUCCACGGCCACCUACGCCACCUAUGACUACAGACAUUAUCUCUUACGACGACUCUCUGCGUGCUGCUAGACAUAGGCAGUCACCUUGCGAUGAGAUCACUCCGCUUAAAGGCAUACUGAAAUCGGGUGGCGCUCGCGACGACCACCAGAAGGUGGUUUGCUUUAGCGGGCCUGUGGUUGACAAAGAACACGAGGAAAAAGAGAAGCAUCCAUACUACCCGCCAGGCAAGCAGCCGCAUUUCAACGAGGAAGAGGACUUCUGCGCUAGAUACAGAGACCCGGACGCAAAGGAGCGCGCAGAAAGGCGCGCCCGAGAAGAGUGCGCCUACGACAUCGUGCCACCGCCAGAAGCCGCCGGCGUCAGCAGUAUGAUAGACAACGAGCAAGAGAAACCAAAAUUGCCCGGAUACCUGGGCACGUUUAAUGUCGACUGCAAAGAGGUACCCGAAUACAUGCGGCUAGCACCCGAUGCAUAUGACAAAAUAAAGCAUAUGCGACGCGAUGUGCCCGAGAUCUCACCGGCAGCGACUAGGGUUGCACAACAUCCUCGCCUACCUCCUGCCGAUGUGGACACUUGCGUCCAUCCACCUUUAGAGGAAACUGGGCCUUGCGCCCCUCGUAAAGAAGAGGAUGUGGCAUUUUCCUGCGCGCACGUUGAGCCCAAGUUACCUUGCUGCGUCCCAAACACAGGAAGUGGAGAAACCACCAACUUAUAAAUAGCAAUUAGCACACCUACUACAGAAACUAUUGAACUGUGCUACUUUUCUAGGGCCAAAUUAUCAGUUAUUUGAGCUUAGAUUUUGAGACGAUAUUGUUAUGAAAGCAGGUAGUUGGUACUUAUUUUUAAUUUAUUAGGUCAGUAUUGGAAGAACACAGACUUUAAAUUAUCAAGAAAUUGUGUUUCCCAAAAUGGCUAUGGACUACGAUAAACAUCAAAAGAAGUAUUAAUAGAUUUUUACCCGUCUUCCAUGAACUUUUUACGGGACUUCUUAUUUUAGACUAAUCCUUUGUCAUGUUAGGGAACAGAAGGCAUACUUUGUCAAUCAACAGCGAAAGUUUCAAACUCGCCUUUACAAUGAAAUUGACGUUGUUAUAAUACACUUUUUUGAUACUUAUCGAAGCCAAUAUCCAAAUUAAAGCCAUGGGCAAAAUUAAUUGAACAAUUUAUGAUUGAAUUUUUACU